AUGAGUUGCGGACCACAAGGGAAAAGAAGUGAAGUUGAUGAGUCAGUGGAAAAUGAAGCCAAGUUGGGUCUCGCGGAUUGUGGAUUGGAGGUUGAACUUUCCUGCCAGGUAUCAACUUUGCUGGACAUGGCUGCGAGGCUAAAGGCCACAGGAGAUUGGCGUGGAGCUGCAGAGAAGUACUUUGAUGUACUCAGCUUGGAUCCCGAGAACCUCCCCAGUCACCAAAAUCUUGGCUCACUGUACCUGGCCGCUGGAGACUUUGCAAAAGCCCUAGAGUAUUCGGAGAAGGCAUACAAAUUGGACCCGCGCUCUACGGAGGCCAUGGGCAAUAUUGGUGCAGUUUGUCGGCAGCAAGGGAAUUUCCAAGCAGCGGCAGAUUGGUAUCGUGCCGUUCUCCGCUUGAAUCCCAAUUGUGAGACGACUCCUGUAAACCUGGCGGUCUCGCUGAUCAAUCACGGACUGCAGAUCAAAGCGUCGGACCCUAAGGGUGCCAUCAGAUGCUACAGAGAGGCGCUGGUUCACUGUCCAAGCAAUGCGAACGCAUACUAUAAUUUGGGCGUGUCCUAUGCAGAGAUGCACAAGUACGAUAAGGCGCUUAUCAACUACCAGUUGACAGUUCACUUUGACCCUCGUUGUGCGGAGGCCUACAACAAUAUGGGUGUCAUCUUUAAGGAACAGGAGAAUCUCGAGAAGGCCUUGAAAUACUACCACCUGGCCAUUCAGUGCAAUCCUCGCUUUGCCCAGACACUGAACAACCUGGGUGUGGCUUACACCACUUCGGGCCGACUGACAGAGGCGCUUGAAUACCUUUCCAGAGCGGUCUCAGUCGCACCGAACUAUGCCGAAGCUUACAACAAUUUGGGAUGGCUUUUUUGGGAUCAUGGAGAUUUGGCACAGGCCUUGCGCAUGUACGAGCGCUGCAUUGAGCUGUCUCCCACAUCCAAGAACCCUUCACAAAACCGCUUACUGGCCUUGAAUUAUUUGCAUGGCGUUUCCUCUGAGCUUGUCUUUCAGGCCCACAGUGCGUGGGCUGAGCGCUUUUGCCGUGAGGUUGGCUCUCCACAUACAAGCUGGCCGAACUCCAAGGUUCCUCAGCGACAACUCCGACUAGGAUACAUCUCCCCGGACUUUUUCCAUCAUUCGGUCUCCUUUUUUGUCCAUGCCUUGCUGGAGCAUGCCAAUACAGAGCAGUUUGAAAUCUUCAUCUACUCAAAUGCCACAAGGGAGGACGACAAGACGGAGGUGUUCAAGAGCUUAGUGCCAGCACAUCGCUGGAGGAAGGUCGUUGGAAUGUCUGCCGUUGACGCCUCCGAGCUAAUCAGAGCAGAUCAGAUCGACAUCCUGGUGGAGCUCGCAGGACACACGGCCAACAACCGUCUUGAUGUGAUCGCUUUGAAACCAGCACCUGUCCAGAUCACCUACAUUGGCUAUAACAAUACCACCGGGCUUGGCGCCAUUGACUACCGAUUGGUGGAUGAGAUCGUUGAUCCGUUGGACACCACGCAGCCAUUCAGUGAGGAGCUGGUGCGAGUUCCAGGGUGCUUUUUGUGCUACACACCACCAACAGCGAUCCCUGACGUUCAGGAGCUCCCUGCCCUCCGCAAUGGGUUCGUUACCUUCGGCAGUUUCAGCUGCCUGGCGAAGGUGGGUGAUCCAGUAGUGGCGCUUUGGGCGAGAUGUUUGCACGAGGUCCCCAACAGCAGGCUGCUCGUGAAGAAUAAGGGCUUCUACUCGCCAGAUGUCCAGGCCACCUUCAUCGCGAAGUUCAAGGCCUUUGGCAUUCCUGAGCAAAGGCUAAAGCUGAUGUCAUUGGCUCCAACCUCAUACGAGCACCUGAACAUCUACAACGAGGUAGACAUAGCUCUCGAUACCUUUCCGUACUCCAACACUACAACCACAUGUGAGUCGCUGUUGAUGGGAGUACCUGCUGUCACGUUGGUUGGCAACACCCAUGGCUCCAGAGUUUGCUACAGUUUGCUCAGCGCCAUCGGAAUCGGAGAGUUCGCAGCUCAUUCACAGGAGGCCUAUGUGACUAAGGUGAAAGGACUGUGUAGCAACUUGCAGACCCUUGCGUUGUUGCGAAAGAACAUGCGCCAGAUAAUGCUAUCCUCACAACUUUGUGAUGGGCCUGGCUUUGUCCGCGACAAGUAUGAGCACAUCCUCCGAGAGAAGUGGAUUGCAUAUUGUGAUGGCCGCACACCAUCACAGCAGGUCUUCGCCGGCUCAACAACCCCGGAGCCUUUGGCGCCUAGGCCUUUCGCGCCGCCUUUGCAGCCAGGGCAACCCUUGGUGCAGAGCCCUGCGGGAUCGACAGCCGCCCCUCAGGCGAUAAUAUCCACAAGCCAACCAAUGUUGGGAUCUACAGUCGUGUUGCCAAUGAUGGCCGCAACCGCUGCAAUGCCACCGCAGCAACUGGCUUUUUGCGCCACGGGAACUCCUGUGCUACAACAGGCUGUUAUGACCGGAGUGAAUGGAGUGAUCACUCAUGAUGCCAGCCCCAUGUCUCCGAUCAGCCUGCGAUCCACAGCUUGGCCAGUGGCACAGCCAACAGUCUUUACCACGAAUUGCUCUCCGCUGCUGGUGGCAGGCGAAUCCAACAACCGUCGGAAACAGAGGAACAAUCGACUCCAUCCAGGACGACGAGCUUAG